AUGAAAACAACGAAUCACAAAGGCUACGAUACACAGUCAAAUGCUCAUCUGGCCGUUGAUCCGAUCACACCAAGCAAGAAGAAGGAGAGUCGUAAGAUAUUGCAAGCAUAUUAUGGUGAAAUAAAUUGGGCUCUAGAGAUGGUCGAACCGACCAAGAAGGAGGAGGAGAAAGAGGAUUCAACAUCGUCCAAGAAGAAGAAGGAGAAGAAGGACGAUUCAACGGUUCCCAAGAAGAAGGAAAAUCGUAAGAUAUUGCAAGCAUAUUAUGGUGAGAUAAAUUGGGCACUAGAUGAAGAUCCGAUCGAACCGACCAAGAAGGAAGAUUCAACAGUGUGCCCAACAACUAAACCACCAAGACCAUCUUCUAAACCUAUUAAUAUUCACAAGAUGAAAAAGGAAUCAUCACAAGAAUCUUCAUCAUCAAUUCACCCAUCUUCACUUCCAAACACGAGCAGUUUGAAAGGUCAUCACAAAGUCGCAAGUCACGAACAACAAAUGAAUUCCGAUCAUCAUACAACAACCGGAGUCAACACGGAAAAGAACCAUCGAUCAACCACUACCUCUACUACUAACAAGAACAUCAAGCAUGAAAAGUCAAAUACCUACAGUGGGGAUAGUAACCCACAACCUGUAGAUUCUAGAUCAAGGGCCAAAUCAUUUCAGCAAUCAACCCAAAAGGCCACACCCCUCACUAACGAAUCGUCGAAACGUAGUAAGCCACUACCAACCAUGACUGACGAAAAGGAACUGCUGGACUCAUAUCUUAGAAGAAAUUCAAAAAUUGAAGAAGACAACAAACAGAGUCCAGUCACACCCACUUUGUCAAGCACACCACCCACCUCAUCUCCAAAAGAUCAAAAGAUCACCUCACCUCGUCAGAAAAAACUCCAACAACAGCUUAAAAACACUCAACUUAGUACAAGCGCACCAAGCUCAUGUUUACAUCCUAGCAUUUCCAAAGAGCAAGAGACACUUGACGAAGUAUUGGAUGAACUAUGCAUGAGAUUUAUUAUUAACUGUCCUUAUAUGCAUGACUAUGGAACUUCAGGUUUUGAGAGAUUAUUUUUUCAACUCGAAGAAGCAUUUUGGUUUUAUAGUGACUUCUUCAGACAACAGUCGCUGCCGAAGUUUAAAUUUGUUGAAUUUUGUGAAAAAAUGUUAGCCAGACAUCCUCACCUACUAAUUGAUCUACAACGUUUUACUCGUGACGUAUUCCCAAAUGCUGACAACUCUAUAGAUUUGAACGUUGAUACACUUGUACAGAAAUUCUUGGAUUACAAAACAUCAGUUCCAGUAUACGGUUGCGUCUUACUGAACGAAGCUAUGGACAAGGUUUUGCUUGUUCAAGGAUAUAAUACCAAGUCCUGGUCUUUUCCUAAAGGAAAGAUCAAUCAGUUUGAACGAGAAUCUCACUGUGCAGCUCGAGAAGUAUAUGAAGAAUGCGGAUACGACCUCCGUGACAAAAUUUGCGAGUCUGACUAUAUCGAGUUAGAACAAAACUAUGAAAAUAGUUUACCAAAGCACAAAGAUCAGUACAAGCACUCAAAUCCCUAUACAAAACUAUUUAUUGUUUCAGGCAUUCCUGAAUCUACCAAUUUUGUGACGAGAACCAGAAAAGAGAUUUUAAAAAUUCAGUGGUUUUCGAUCGAUUAUUUAGUUGGCACAUGUAACGCAAAGCAAAGUACUUUAAGAACUUGGUUGGUUAAACCAUUUUUAUCCAAGAUUAAAGAAUGGAUCAAGAAAAAGAAAGUAACACCCUCUGGUAGCAAUACGCCAACUAAAAAUCAAGCAAGACAACGUAGUUUAACUGCUCCAGCUAUCUCUAUACCAACAGAGAACAUGAAAAAAGGUACUGAAACGAAUGGAGCUUCUCCAUUACUUUCUUUUGUGUUCAACACUGAAGAGAUUGUAGAAAACUGUCAACAGUAA